CAUUUUUACCUUUGGACUACCACAAGGACCGCUCAGACUUUGGAACAAGGACAACACAGUUUCAAGUGUCACACACGUUAAGAUCGUAUAAAAGCUGCUUGGAGCCAAACCUGAGGAUUAGUCUCCACUGAACCAGGAGGACUCCCCCUUCUUCAAGGCAUCUAAGAGCUGAACUGUGCCCAACAUGGGGGCCACCAAGCUCUGCCUUCUGCUCCUGCUGGGAACUACUCUGGCCCAGCAAGCUGUGGAAAGUGAACAGUCACCAAUGUGCCCGUGGGCCAAACGAUUCAAGAACUUCAGGCAGUACGUGUAUGACUACGAAGCUGAGUCCUUCAGUGGAGCCAUUGGCACAGACACACUGAGCGGGCCCAAGGUUUCCUGCAAAGUCUCAGUGGACGUGCCCCAGACCUGUAGGUUCAUCCUGUCCACCACAGACUGCUCUCUGAGCAGCAUCUCUGCUUUGGACGCUGAAGGUAGACCUGUGUAUCGUCCUGCUGUGGGCAGUGAGGCGUUCAAGGACGCCAUGGCCAAAAACGUCUUAAAAAUUGCAAUCGACGGAGAGGAUCACGUUCAGCUUUACCCAGAGGACAAAGAGCCAGAGAACAUCCUGAACAUCAAGAGGGGAAUCAUCAACGCUCUGCUGUCACCUGAGGUGGUGGAGGACGUGACCCGAGACAUGCCAACUGUGUACGGAACUUGCCCCAGUACCAUCACCGUCAAGGACACAGACAGUGGUGUGACGGUCCUGCGAGAUGUCCACAAAUGUUCCGCAGUCGAUGCCAAAAAGAUGCACACCAGCCCUCUGGCCCUCAUCACUGGCAUGGAAUUCCGCCUGUCCAGGAUGAUAAGCAGCAAACAGACCUGUGACUAUAAGUUUGACAACCAGAAGAAGGUCAUGACUCACUGCAGCUGCACAGAGAAACAUCUCUUCCAGCCCCUGUCCUCACAGGGUUCACAUGGACUCACUGCUGAUGUGAAGCAGACAUUGGUUCUGAGAGACACCAUCAAGAUUAACGACAGAACCUUUGAGCCAAAGCGGGACAACUACAAGUUGUUAACCAUGGAUGAGCUGGAGGACAAGUCCCCUAGCCAGAACAAAGACAGUGUCAUCAUGACCCUGCAGAGACUCAGCUCCCUGUCUCAGACCCCUGAUGGUCAAGAGCGGGCCGGCCUCUUUAACAACCUGCUGUCCGAGCUCCGAGGCCUGAAGACCGAGGCUCUAACAUCUGCUGCUGUGGAGAUGAUGGAAAUUUCCGGUUCUCUCACUGUCCAAGCUCUGGUCCAGUGCGGCACCCCAGAAUGUACAGGCGCCUUUCUCAAGGUCCUCAAGACUUUUGACAACGGUCCAGUCGCGGUUGAUGCCACCGUCUACGCACUGGGAAUGCUUCAGGGUCCCUCAGACUCCAUGGUGAUGGAUAUGCUGGACAUGGCUCGGCACAGGAAGAGUCGGCCGGUCAUGUAUGCUCUGGGCAAUACAGUUAGGAAACUGUAUUCAAAGUUAGAAACCACCACACCAGAGAUGACUGAAGUCUAUAAGUUCAUUACUUCAAUUCUGGGCACUGACUGUGCUGGGGAGAAGGAACUCACCUACUUGACCUUGAGGGUUCUUGGUAACAUCGGAGACGUGAUGGAAGCUGUCGACCCUGCCAUUAAGAACACCCUAGUGAAAUGCAUGAGGCAGCCUGCAACCACCUUGUCUGUGCAGCUGGCAGCCAUCCAGGCCUUCAGACGCAUGUUUGUGACAUCUGAGGUCCGCUCUAACCUCAGGAGAGUCAGCCAGUACCCCAACGGUGCUGUGCAGAAGCGUCUGGCAGCGUACCUGGUUCUGAUGAAGAACCCUUUGGAAGGUGACAUGGAGAUGGUGAAGAAGCUGCUCUUGAAGGAACAGAACACCCAGGUCAAGACCUUCGUCUCCUCCCACAUCUACAACAUCAUUUCCUCCACUGAUCCCGACCUCCAAGCGGUUGGACAGAUGAUAAGGGAAGCUGUGCAGGACAUUGAUAUCUACACAGACAACGACUUCAGAAAUUCUCAAAACUACAACUUGAGCCUGGGAUAUGAGAGCGUCCAGGCUGCAGUUUUCAGCAACAUCAUUUUUGACCCCAGUAGCCAGCUGCCCAGAGAGGUCAUGCUGGAGACCACACUGAAGGCCUUUGGAUUCUACGCCAACAUUUGGGAGGUCGGUAUGGAAGGAAAGGGAUUUGAACCAUCCAUUGAAGCUCUGUUUGGAAACAACGGCUUCUUCCCUGACACUGUGUCCAAGGCUAUUUACUGGGCUGAAGACAAGAUGCCACCAAAUAUGAAGGAAGUUCUGGAGAAAUGGGUCGCUCCAUUUAAAACCCCAGGACAGAAGAUCCCUGAAAACCUUGGGAAGGAAAUUGUCCGCAACUUCAACAAACUAAUGAAAGACCUCCAGAGUCAGGAGUCUCCAGAGGCCAUAGCCUACCUGAGGAGCAUGGGAGAAGAACUGGGCUACAUCAAGGCCGCUGACCUAAAGUCCAUGGCAGAAAAUGCAGCCAUGUUUGCCGACAUUUUCAUGAGGGUCCUUCCUUCAACGGUCUUGAGGAAGCUGAUGUCAGGAGAAGAUCAGGAGAUGUUCGCCCACUACGUGUUCAUGGACAACAAAUUCAUGAUGCCAACUGCAGCUGGUUUGCCUCUGACAUUUGCAAUGACAGGAACCUUUGCUCCUGGGGUAAAGGGAGGCUUCAGAAUUUCUCCAGACAUGAAGGAGCUGUUGUUCGUGCCUUCAGCCGGAGUGGAGUUUGUGACCAGGAUGGGAGUCCAUGUGCCUGAGUUUGUCAUGGCUGCCGCUGAGAGGCACACCACCCUGUACCACGAGAGCCAGCUCGAUGCUAAGGUUAGCAUGAGCCAGGGCCAGGUCAAGCUCAGCAUCCCCACACCAAAGGGUCCCAUCAAGCUGCUGAGAGUCAGCAAUAAAGUGGUGAUUGUUGGAACCGAUGAUAUUGUGAAGAUGCCAGACACUGUGGAGGAAUCAACCUGCAAACCAGUCUUCCCUGGAGUCAAACUCUGUGUCAAAACACUUCUCAGUGACACCGGUGACUUGUCCCUGAUUGGAGACAAUGUCUUGGCUGUUGACAUUAUGCCCACCAACGAGGUCUCUGAGUACACCGCCACCAUCACCUACCAGCUCCGCCAGGAGGAAAAGGAUGAGAAGGUUGAUAGUUUGACACUGGCCCUAAGAGCUGAAGGUGCUGAGCACACAGAGGCCACAGCCGUGAUGACAUACAACAGGAACAGGAACAUCUUCCUCACUGCAGUCCAAGUCCCUGACAUGGAUGUUGAGCUUGGCUUUAAGGUUAGUUUGACAGACAGCGGCUCCGAAGGCAAAUCCAUCACCAUGCAGUUCCUUGACAACAACGUGCCCCAGCUUACGCUGAUCGGCCUUGCCAAAUUGAAUUCCUUGACUGAUGGAACGCUCCGAGUCGAAAUGGUUGUUCCAUCAUUUAGCACCAAUGCAGCCGUCACUGCUACGUUGAGUAAAGACGAUGGAGUCACCAUGGAGCUCAAGAGUGAAGUAAAAGUUGUAGACUCUACCUCCACUCAAUCUGUCAUUGUCAAAUACGGUGAAGAACAGGCUGAGGUUCAGCUGGUAUCAAAUGUCAACACUGAUACCCACAAACUGCAGGACGCCCUGGAGGACUGUCUCAGGACGGUUGUAGACGCUGUCAUGGACCAGCAGGUCGUGAAUACUGACAUGAAGCUGCGUCACAUCCUAAAAAAGGGAGUGGAGGCCAGCAACAUCUGGAUGGACAAGAUUGUACAAGAUGCUCCUUAUGUUGAAACUCUGAGAAGCAGCCUCACAGAGUUGGAAAUCCCUAACAGCCUACUUAUGAACUUCGAUAGUAAAUUCAGAUACAAGUUCAACAAGGACCGUUUCACUAUUACUGUUCCUCUGCCACUGGGAGGCAAAUCAUCUGAGGAGCUGAGGAUUCCACCAAAGGUCACUUCUCCCCAGAUCUCCCUACCUCAGCUGGGAGUGGAUUUUGCCUCAACGGAGGUCCAGAUCCCCACUUUUACCAUUCCUUCUGAGUACGAUCUGAGCCUGCCACUGAUGGGAAUGGUGGACAUGUCUGCUAAGGUCACGCUCAACUCUUACACCUUGGAAACAACAUUUUCUGCCGGCAACAGCACAGCUGAGUCCAUGAGCUACGAAGCCAAAUUCAAUAUGAUCACUGAAAGCCCAAUCAACGUUCUCUCCUUCUCAACUGGGGUUGAAACUAAACUCACAGAAACAGAAGAUGAAGGCUUGAAAUUCUCUCUGGAUGGUGACCUCAAACACAUGUUUGUUAAGACAGGUGUUAGUGUCUUGGAAACGAUCUCUGUCACAGACAGUGUGCUUUCAACAGGAAAGUACAACGUGUACGGUACCUCGCCACUCGGUUUGGACACUUCACUGGCUGUGACCACCAAGCUUUCCCUGGCACCAAGCAUGUUGUACGUUGACGUCAACACAGAAGGUGCUAUUACGGUCGGAUCCCUGGAUGCCAACAGCACCUACCGCCACACCUUCUCUGCUGACCGGGUGAAGAGGGAAGCGAAGCUGGAGAGCAAACUGAAGGUCACCUCUGAUCUCCUGAAGAUUUCCAACAAGAUUGAUGCAUCCUAUGCAAAGGAGGAACUUUUGAUGGAGUCCGUCACUGACAUGCAGACCUACGGCAUGAAGCACAAAACCAAAAUGAGCCUUAGCUACAAGGACAUCAAGCUCAGCAUGCGCUGCGACGCUGUGACCAAGGCUGAUGGCAAACUGUUUCGUAGCCAGAUUGAGGCCUCAGCAACCAACAGACAGGCCACUCUGAGGAUCGAGAACGAAGUUGAUGACGGAGACAACCGCGCCUACUCUCUGAUCACUGGGUCCGUCAAUCCCUCUGGUGUGGAGGUCAACACUGACGCCUCCUUGGUUUUCCUCACAAGGGUCGCAGCUCACAAAGGAACCUUCUCCCUGAACACGAAUGGUCUGACCACCAGCUGUACAACAACUGCACAGUACAGACCCAUGACCUUCGAGAAUGUCUUCCACGGUGUUGUUGAUUCCUCAGGUGUUAGCACGUCCCUCACCACCAAGGGAAGCUAUAAGGAGAACAAAGCAGAGCUCAAUGUUGAAGGGAAGAUUGCAACCACAGAAAUUUCUUUCAAUGGCAUCGUAAAGGGUAACGUUUUUGAUGCCAACGCCAGAAACAGAGUUGUCCUGAAAUUGAACGGAGAUGGCCUACUGCUCUCCAACAACAUGGUUGGAUCCUUCAGAGAGAUGAGAACUGAAAACACCCACUCACUGUCUUUUGCAGACACAACCUUCAGACUUGUCUCCAAGACAGACAACGUCCUUGACAGGAGCAACGCCUACAAGCAUGACAUCAAAGUCGAAAUGGUGCCUUUUACUGCUACGGUUGUGGUGAAAAAUGACCUUAAGAUCAUGGAGGUUAACUUUGUGAAUGAUGCCCAGUUCGAGGCAGAGCCCAUGCAGAUGGAGCUGGUAGGAACACUGAUGGGGGUUUACUCAGGAGAGGAGCUGAAACACACCUAUGAGAUCAAGUUUGCAGACCAGGUCUUCUCUGCCAAGUGCAAUACAAAUGGAAAACUCCUGGGAUCCCAUGUGACCCACACUGCUGAUAUAGAGGUUGCUGGAUUUUCUGUGAAGUUUAAUGACAUGGCCAACAUCAACUCUCCAUCUCUUCGUCUGGUGAGCACAGUCAAAACUGUUGCUGAGCCCUUCGCCCUCACCAUCGACGCGAUUUUCAAUUCAGAUGGCGAAGUGUCCUUGUAUGGACAGCACAGAGGCGAGGUCUACAGCAAGUUCCUCCUGAAAGCAAAACCUCUCCUGUACACGCAGUCAUUUGAGUACAGAGCUUCAACCAGCCAUGAACAGGAAGGCAGAGACCCUCUGAAGACCAGCAUCGACAACAAGUUCGACAGCAUUCUUAGUUUAGACGAGCAACGUUUCACACUCCGGAUUAAAUCCAAAGUGAAUGACAACACUAUCGAUCAAGAAAUUAAGUCCUAUAACGACGCAGUGAAAAUGGGUGUUGAGAUGAACGGCAUGCUCUCAACCCCUCUCUUCAGUGAGUCCAAUCAAGAAUAUUCCAUUUCUGGAUUUUUGAAAUAUGACAAGAACAGUGACAGCCAUUUCAUCCUGGUGCCAUUUGAACAGUACUUCCCUGUACUUGUUGAAAAUGCCAUGUCCACAGCGAUGGAGCUGAUGCAGUACAGCGUCCAGAUGGUGAAAGAUAUUGACAGCGAGUACAAGGUCAGUGUCACCGUGAGAAACAAACUGUCAGAACUGAAGGAGGUCAUCAACAACUUCAACUUUAACCUCGUUGUCAAAAAGUUGAAUAAGUUCCUCAUCUCUGCAGAAAAUGCUGUCAUUGACAUGAUUGCUAAGUUCCCCGGAGAAAAAUUGAAGAAUGCAGUGAAAUCCAUCAUGGAGACCAUCAUGGCCUGGCUCCAGAAUUAUGACAUUGCCAAUAAAUUCGGUGCCAUUUAUACCAAAAUAGAAAGUAUCCUCUCUGAGUAUGAGAUUGAGAAGAUGAUUGAGGCCAUCAUGGAUGAGAUUGUGAAAAUGAUGAAGCACUAUCAGGUGAGGGAAAAGAUCCACUCAGUAUUCACAGCCCUUAAAUCAAUUAAUCUUCGGCCCUUGUUCAAAAAAGCCCUGUCUCCUGUGCAGAGUGUUGUGAAUGCACUGCAUGACUUUGAUUUCCAACAAAUGGUCAAUGACGUGAGUAAUUAUUUGGACAAAAUGAUGGAGAAAAUCAAAUCGUUUAAUUAUGACAUCAUCGUCACGGAGCUGAGAGAGAAGGCAGGAAACAUAGUCUUCCCAUGUUUUGGAAAACUUUACGGAGAGUUCAAAUUCAAAUCACCUCAUUAUGAAAUGAAGACCACAGCUGACAUGGCGAACACCACCACUACAUCAGAGACACCAGAGUUCAAACUGGGCUUCAACUCAGUGGCAUCAUCUACUCUGAAAAUCCUUGACUACACAGCGGACGCCUCUCUACAUUUGUCUCUACCCCAUGAAAGUCCUGUGUCUAUUUCUGAAAGAAUCACCAUCGACUCAUCGUGUUUCACACUCGACUACAAGGCAACGACUGAACUCUCUGACAAAUCGUCUGUGACUUCUCAGACUAUGGCCAAGGUCACCACAGAGCUGUAUGCUGCUGAGCUUGCCAACACGGUAUCUUACACCUUUGGAGAUGAUGUUUCUGCCAAAUCAGUAACUAAAUACAAACAUCACCUUAACUUCCCACCACUCGGCAUCUUCAGUGACGCCCAGAUGAAUUCCGAGACAGUUUUACAGCUCGAGGAUGACAAGCUGCACCUGACCCUUGAAAAUAUUGCCAGUGACAAAUAUGCAGUGAUGAGUUUUUCAGAUGAGGCAAACCACAAGAGUUCUGUGAAUGUGGUGACAGAUUUUGACACGGCUACAGUCACUUUCAACGGAGAAACUGGCUUCAUCGGUGCCAAAAUGAUUCACACCCUGACGGCAGAUAUGAGCAUCUUUGAUCAUCUCACCAUCGUAGCCAAGGCUGAAACAGAGGCACCCUUUAUGAAGAACAGUGUGGCAGAGGUCAAGCUCCAGGCUGAAGCUGGUGACCUGAAAAUUAAUUUUCAGGCUACUCACAGUGCUGAGAUGAUUGGACUGGUCGAAGGUCCAGUUUCAAACAUGGCCUCGGCUUUGAUUAAACCCAACGAGCUCAUGUUUUCAACCGAGAACAAGGGGAACGCCAAGGUUACCCUUCCGAUGAAGCUAUCUGGAAAGUUACACCUUCAGAAUGACAUCUCUCUCACCCUUAACUCCCGGGUUCAUCAACUAGCCUGGAAAGGUCUGGCUAAGUUCAACCAGUACAAGUACUUUCAUCACUUGACUGUGGAGAACAGUAAUGAAGAAAUUCAAAUGUCUACCCAGAUUAAUGGAGAGGCAAAUCUGGACUUCCUGGAGGAAACUAUCUCCAUCCCUGAAAUAAAAGUGCCAUAUUUUGGCAGAAGAAUACCAAGAUUGCAUUCCUUCUCUAUCUGGAGAGACACUGGCCUGGGUGACUACCUAAUCACAACCCAACAGGUAGUUGACAUAAAUUCCAAACUAAAGUAUAAGAAGAACCCUGAGAUGAUUACAAUUAAAGUUAACUUGGAGCCAGCCAUCAAUAUCCUGCAUGAGAACGUACGCAACAGCAAGGUCAAAGCAGCUUCCAUUCUCAAUGCGUCAUACCAGAGGGUAAAGGCAGAGUACGAAAAGUACAGCAAUGACCUGCCUUCAGGAUUUAAAGUGCCUGCCUACAGAGUACCAGUGAUUGAUCUGGAGAUGUCUUCAUUUACCAUUCCACUGCCUGAGACCAGUCUCUUUUCAAGGCCACCUCUGUACACCCCAUCUGCCUUCAGCGGGCUGACUCUACCCCAAGUGACUUUGCCCAGAGUUCAAACUGUUGAAAUUCCAAAAAUGGGUGACCUGACCUAUGAGUUCUCCAUGAAAACAGCAAUAAUCACGGUGAAAGCUGACGCCAGCAUCCUCAACAAAGACGAUAUGGAAAUUAAACUCGAUCUCAUCUCCUCGUCCUCUGAGUUUGACCUUCUGAAAGUGAAGGUCCAGGGCCACAGCUCAGACAGUGGAUUCAAAGUGACCUCUUCGUUUUUUUCAAAACUUCCAUUAAUAGAGACGGCCCACGACAGCACUGUCCUCUUGAGUUUUGACAACAUUGACGCCUCCAUCAGCAAUGCAGCAGAAAUUGAUUCGAUUUUCAAUCCACUAAUACGGUUCAACCACAGUAUCACUCUGAAUUCAGAAGACGGACUCGUGGUGGCUUUGUUUAGCCCAUCUGCAGGGCGUAUAUCAUUUCAGAUGCAGACUGAUGCAGAUAAAGACUCUCGAACACAAGUCAAUGCAAGACUCUAUGGCAGCUAUCGAUCUGAGCCAACAAGAGACAUUGAAAUCCUGGGUUUGAACAUGGUUCUCAGAGGAUCAGAGAUGCCUCUCUUUGAUACCACCUAUAACAUGGAGAUACCUAACAGCCUGCUGGUGACAACGAUGAAAUUUAUGCAGGAAGUUGUAGAUGAAGCUUUCCUUGUAGCCGAUUUUGCAAUACAUGAACUUCUGAGGCUCGGGGAGGACAUCGUACGGGUUCGGAGAAACAAACUGCCAGUAAUAAAACCUUCAGAAAUUAUGGCCGAUUUCAGUAAUAACACAAUUAUGAUACUGGAAGAAUACCAUAAGAAGGUUAAGGCCGUUCUCGACGCUGUUUAUAGCUUCCUUAAAGAGACCAAAUUCCAUGUCCCUGGGUACAAUCAGAGACUGUCAGGGUUUGAAAUCUAUAACAAAAUAACUAAAGAUGUGGCAGACGUAUGUGAGGACGCUGUGGAGAGAAUACCCGAGUAUUUCAAAUUAGUUUGUGAUUACAUCCUGUCCAUUGAAUUACCCUUCCCUGUCUCUGAUUACGUUUUCAUAGUGAGAGAAACUUGCAUUGAAUUUUCCGAAUCUUUGCCAGCGUACAAGAGAUCAGCAAUCGAGUUUGCCAGAAGAGUAGCAAAUAUCAGACUGGAAGACAUCAUGAGCAAAAUUUCCGAGCUCAUACAGUUUCUGUAUGAACAAACUGAGAUGUUUGUCCAAUCCCUAAAGUCUGCAAAUCCGCUCUCAGAAUGGUUUACUGAAGUGUACAAUAACACCAUGGAGGUUCCACUCCUGUACAAUGUUUCCAUUGAACUCAGAGCCUACUGUAGAAUGUUUGUAGAAAUUCUUUAUUGGUAAGAGCUAAAAAAAAACAUUAUUUUGUCUAACAUGUCCUGGCCUCACUUGUCAAGUUG